UCAACGGUAGCCUGGGUGCCAGGCUAUGCCAGCUAGGGUCAUAUGCAGGCCUAGCUUCUCGGCUUGGAUUUUUUUUCCAUAGACUCAUAGAUAGAGAUACAUUAGACCUUCAUGUACUAACUCUGGGAUAGGGGCUUGUGGCGUCCCCCAGCCGAAGGGAAUAUUGUGUCAAGCUGGAGUCUAACAUCCAGGAUCAUCCAGGCUAACUCAAUUAUUACUCCCACAUACGAGUCAGGAUAUGCCAAGUUGGCAAGCCCAUUUUAUUUUGUUUUCUUAAUCUUUUGCACAGCCAUCGUAGUCCGCUGACUUGAUCCUUGUCUUCUCUUGCUUGCAGUCCGAAGUUACCUCUAAAUGUUUGUAAAGACUGCAAGCAAGAGUACGUGGUAACACGACACCUUGACACAUACACUGAUCCCACGGCCACUCCUACACACGCCAGGGGGCAGGGAUUGUUUUCUUAUCGUGCACCGAGUCAUCACAAAGUGUUGUUCUUCAGUCGACGAACUUUUACAAACUCCCGACCCUUGCUUUAAGUCCUUAAGCACCAGGAUGGACGGUAAAACUGCACCUAGGGCACCAGUAGAGGAUGUAGAAAAUCAAGGGGAGCCAACUCCAGAUAACAGACCGCUGGACAUUGCCUACAGCAUUGAAGAUGUGCCUCCCUGGUACCUGUGUAUAUUGCUGGGCUUUCAGCAUUACCUGACCAUGUUUGGCUCCACCAUUGCGGUCCCACUUAUUCUGUCUCCUGCCCUGUGUAUCGGUGAUGACAACCUGGCCAAGAGUAAACUUAUCAGCACAAUCUUCUUUGUGUCAGGAAUCUGCACACUUUUACAGACCAUUUUUGGUGUCAGAUUACCGAUUGUCCAGGGUGCCACGUUUUCCUUCCUGGCUCCGACUUUUGCGAUCCUGGCUCUACCACAGUGGCAGUGUCCUGCACCUGGCAACACGACAUCUGGACUAAACGGGACCCAGAAUUUUACAGGAGAGCCAGUUAACAAUGAUGAAGUGUGGAUGAGCCGAGUCAGAGAGAUCCAAGGUGCCAUCAUGGUGUCAGCCAUCUUUCAGGUGUUUCUGGGCUUCAGCGGCAUUGUGGGAUUGCUGAUGAGGUUCAUCGGCCCGCUGGUCAUUGCCCCCACCAUCACUCUGGUGGGCCUGGCUCUGUUCGGAGCUGCAGCAGACUUCGCAGGCAGACACUGGGGCAUCGCAGCUCUAACUAUAGCCCUGAUCACCCUGUUCUCCCAGUACUUGAGGAACGUGAACCUGCCCUGUUGUGGGUACAGUAGAGACUUAGGCUGCCAUCGCAAUGCUGCCUCCUUCGCCCUCUUCAAACUCUUUCCGGUCAUCAUGUCCAUGAUCAUUGCCUGGAUCUUCUGCGCCAUCCUGACUGUGGCAAAUGUACCAUACUUCACCGCCAGGACAGAUGAGAGGAUAGGGGUGCUACAGCAGGCACCCUGGUUCAGGUUCCCUUAUCCAGGUCAAUGGGGCAUGCCCACUGUGAGUGUUGCGGGGGUGUUCGGCAUGUUGUCAGGAGUUCUGUCCUCCAUGAUUGAGUCUAUCGGAGACUACUACGCCUGCGCAAGGCUGUCUGGUGCCCCCCCUCCCCCGACCCAUGCCAUCAACAGGGGAAUAGGUAUGGAAGGGAUCGGGUGUAUCCUGGCAGGAGCCUGGGGCUCAGGAAACGGUACAACAUCGUACAGUGAGAACAUUGGGGCCAUCGGCAUCACUAAGGUGGCCAGUAGAAGAGUGGUCCAGGCAGGGGCCGUCCUCGCCAUUCUCCUGGGCAUGCUUGGAAAAUUCGGCGCCCUGUUCACCACGAUCCCGGACCCCAUUGUGGGCGGGAUGUUCUGCGUGAUGUUCGGAAUGAUCACCGCCAUCGGGGUCUCCAACCUACAGUUCGUUGACCUCAACUCCUCCCGGAACCUCUUCGUGUUUGGUUUCUCUGUUCUCAUGGGUCUGGCUGUGCCCUAUUGGCUCAACAACAAUCCUGACAAAAUCAAAACAAAUGUACGUGAACUGGACCAGAUCAUCACAGUUCUGUUAACCACCAGCAUGUUUGUUGGAGGUUUCUUCGCUUUUAUACUGGACAACACUAUCCCAGGAACUGCAGAGGAGCGAGGUUUGCUUCACUGGAACAGGGAAGCCAGCGGCGACACAGAAAUGACGUUGGAACAGCGGAAAGCACUGAAGGUGUACGAUCUACCGUUCGGGAUGGGCCUCAUCCGCCGCUCCAACUGUACGCGCUUCGUCCCCUUCUGUCCAACGUUCCUUCAACCACCAAUCACAGAACAGCAAGGAGAGGGCGUGUCCACUGAUAAUGACACAACCCAAACCACAUCUUUCUAAGGAUGCUGUUUAAAGCUUUAGAAGCUAAAACCUAUAUCUGUUUUACUUGACAUGAAUUUGUAGUGGUAUUUUUGGGAGACAGGGUAACUUUUUUCACUUUUGCUAAGUUGUAGCCUUAGCGUUUUGUUAUUCUAUAUGUAAAUACAUGUGUAUAGCAAUCAUAAAAGCACAUAGGUUGUUUUAGAUAUGUAUUUUUUUUGUUUUAGAAUUUUGCACAUUGUUAUAUCAUAGACAAUGUACACUGUCAAGGAAAACAAACAUUCCAAAACAUUCUGAAUGCAGACAAUUUUUUAUAUGUUUA